AUGGAUGUCGAUCCGCGGAUCGCCCACAAGGAGACUCGAGUCAAUCUUGAGCCGGCCUCUGCUGCCUCUCUCGUCCACAUCCGCCUCCCGUCCCCUACCACUGGCAGAUCAAGGGACCGCCGCCUGAACGGGGCAGAUAAGUAUGGCGACGAGGAGAGGUUGUACCGCUCUAAGAACCUGGCCACCGCUGCCUCUAUCUACCACAGAAAACACCACCAGUUCCCCCGCUCCUUCCUGUGGAGGGUACUCGAGGACGACUACGUCCUGAACCUCCGCGCUGCCGACAUCUGCAAGACAGCCAACGCCGACGAUGCCAACCUCAUCCUCCACCUGCGCUUUCCUAACCCUAUACGGCCCUCGUGUGUCGCGCUCGCCGACGCCCCAGAGCACGACGCCCUCAGCGUCUUCGUUCUUGACCAGAGCAAUUAUCUCUACACCGUUACCCUGCGGCCCGACCACUUUCGCAAGCCAUCAGCGACCGAGAAUGGCCUCGGCGAUGCCUGCAAGGCUCACCUCGCCGGCACCUUCAGUUUCAAGCACCCGCAUCGCCUCGUCGCUGUAAGCGCAUACCAGGUUAUAGUCACCUUUCACGAUGGAGGCAUCAUCAGAUUUGACAGGAGCAAGUCCCAUGACGCCGCUGGUCAUAUGUGGAAAGAAACAAACUUUAGUGCACAGGGUUGGGCCAAGGGCCUCCGAAGUCUCGUCCCUUUCUCAUUUCAGGGGGGCCAGACUGUCAGGCACGGCAAGGCAAACAUGGAGCUGACCGCGGCCACUUCGGUGGCGUCUGACUCUCUCGGGGUCGAAGGUGCCGAUUUCCUCUUCACCGUUUGCCUUGACCAUCGUCUGCGGAUCUGGAACGUGCGGACUGGCGCCAUCCUGUACACGGCAGAUAUGUUGGGCGUGGAGCGCAAUCCGCAGGAGCUGGGCAAGUGGAUCAUCGAUCCGGUACGGGACAACCUGGUCCGCAUCGUCGGACGGGUCGAAGGCAGGCGGACGCUGGUGGCAUACUCUCCGGUCGAGAACGAGUUCAAGUUCUGGAAGGUCGAGGCCAAGGACGACAGUACCAUAUACGUCCACGAUAUGUUCCCAGAUCAGCACCUUAUCCCGCCCGCCCCAUCCUCUGGAGACGUCUGGACAUUGGCCGAUUUUGGCGUGGCCCAGCCCACGGGCGCCACCAUUCAUCUGUGGGUGCUGUGGAAGAACAACCUGGCCUACAGAGCCCAGAGGGUAGAACUGAGCUCCUCGAAGCCCUCAGAUACGGCGGCCGAGUGGGACAGUAGCAAGUGGUCAAGCGUCGAGAUAGACAAUGUCGCUACACAUGUAGACGCUGCAAGCUCCGGAGAUCCGACUGACUCGACCGAGAAGUGGCUCCAGGCCAUCUUCUAUCCUGGAAGGUUCUCCAAGGCGACACUGGAGGCGGCGCUCGCCAUGUAUGAGCGUGGUCUAGGAUCCAAAGAGACUUCUGCCAGGAACGGCAGGGGCUUGGUGGAAUCCAUCUGCUCCGUGCUCGGCUCUACAGUCACCCUCGGCAAGCUCUCUGCUGGAGAGAUGGAUCACGAGCAGUUCAGAGCCCACGGUGAGGUCCAGUGGCGCCGGUUCCACCGGCUCAUCAUGGAGCUGGAUAAACAGAGAGGGGAGGCGCUCUCUCUGGCCCUCGACCACAACUCGGGCGUGGCCUGGGUCCUGUGUGCUGAUCUCGUCGCCAUCAUGCACCGAUGCUCAGACCUGGAACAGAUUUAUUACAACCCGCAUACAGACGAGGACGAUGCAGACAAUGUUACGUCUCUGAUUACUGCCGGCCUCGGGCUGGUCGAGAACUUCUCGGACACUAUCAUGCAGCAGAGCAGUGUUGCUCUGCGGGUAGAGCUGUUUGAGGAACCGGCAAAGACAGACAUGGAGCGGAUACAACGCUUCUUCGACGAGUCUGGGUGCUGGCGAGGCAUCUCGGAAGAGGAUGCAGCCCAGGUCAUCCAGACACUAGGAAGCGACUUCAGAAUCGUCACGCCAGCCCUGUAUCAAGGGCUGAUCGAGCUGUUCGAGACGGACGAGGAUGCUGGUGGAUCAGAGGAUCCGCACCCCCUGACUGAAUUCGGAAGGAAACUCGUUGUGAAGUUGGUGCAAGAGACUGCGGCCAUGCAGUGGCAGGUCUUGCUGAGCCAGCUUCUUCUUCUGGUGCACAUGGAAUAUGAAUAUGAUGAGGACAACGAGGACAGCGCGCUCCAUGCAAGAUUCGACAUCGGACAAGUCUAUCGCCAGAUCAUCGAGGCUCUUCGAAGGCUCGAAUUAGUGAGGUGGCUGGUCAAGACACAGAUCACCGUCCCGCUUCUCAAGUCUGAGCGCUCGUCAGGAUCGUCGCCCAACGCUUCGAAACGACCCGAAGAGACGCGAACCAUCACUGCUUUUGAGGCGUUCAUCAGCCACCUGCUGGGCCUGGAGGAUGUGGAUGGAGAGCCCUUGGCGUCGAGUCUGACUGACGUGGUCAUCGACGUUUGUGCACCCAACAGUAGCAUCGAGCUGUCCCCGGUACUGAUCCAGUGUUCACUGCUCAAAAGGGACCAGCCACACUUGGCAUUGGAGCUCAGUCCGUUCUGUAACCAAGAUCCAUUUUCGGUAUAUAUUCAGGGACGCGUGUUUUUGUCUUUGAAAGACUACACCUCGGCUGCUGGCUAUUUCAAGAAAGCAGCAGUUGGCAUGAGUGUUCCAAUGAAGAACGCCGACCUUCGUACGGGCGGCCUACUUGACGAGAUGGAGAAGAGACUACUCAACAGUGGUCCUGCUAAUUACUAUGCCCACAUCGUCUCCCUGUACGAUCGUCACAAGGCUUUUUCCUACGUCAUUGAUUUUGCCCGGCUUUCACUCCAGUUCGCCCGUGCCGACGAUGCCUUGAUUAUGAGAAGGGAGAUGUCCAGCCGGCUUUUCGCUGCCUCGACAUCUAUCUCCCGCUUUGAGAUGGCCCAUGCGACCCUCCUCUCGAUGGAAGACAGGGCACUAAAACACUCUUGCCUGAAGAGGCUCGUGGAGAGGAUGUGUGAGACGAGCCAGACAGCAGAGCUCAUCGCGCUGCCCUUCUCAGGACUCCAGGAGGAGGUUGAUGAUAUACUGUUCCAAAGGUGCAAGAGCACAAAGGAAGUGGUCCGCGGGACACCCUAUCACAAGAUCCUUUACGCGUGGCGCAUCACGCACAACGACUACCGAGGCGCCGCGGCGGUACUGCAUGACAGGCUGCAGAAGCUACGGCAGGCCGGCGACGGGGACAACCUCUCCGGGGGGGACGUGCUGGAUACAUCUGUCACGAAGCAAUUCCUGAUGCUCAUCAACGCGCUGAGCUGUGUUGAUCCGAAGCAGGCAUGGAUCACCAUCGAGGAGGCGUCCGAAAGCGGCGGCGUGCCAGGGAAGGCCGCCAAGAGGAGGGUAGUCACGCUGGCAGAGCUGAGGAGGCAAUACCAGGCCGAGCUGGAUCGGAUUGCCGCUAUACAAAAUAAUCAGUUCGGGCUGGCGGCGGAGGACGAUGAUGCGAUGGUCCUCGACCAGUAAGGAGCAGAGGAGUCUUGAGAGAGGCACAGACGGCCCCAAUGUUUUUGUACGAGUCACGGACCAAGAUACUCUUGCGCCUUGGAUGAUGAUACCACUUUGAGAUGAAAGGCAGAUAGGACAUUGAAAAAUUGGUGGAAAAAAAAUAUAUAGGGUUCCAGUGGCCCUGAUUCAU